GACAGUAGCCUGUGUACCACUCAAACCUGUCCGGCGGAAGUUGUGCUUUCGGCCUGGUCACAAAAGAAAUGGCGAGCGGUAUCGGCAAACACAAGAUACUGAAUGUGGGGCCAACGGAGCCCUGGUCCGUGCGGGAGAAACUAUGCCUGGCCUCCUCCGUUAUGAGAAGUGGCGACCAAAACUGGGUGUCUGUAAGCAGAGCCAUCAAGCCUUUCUCGGAGCCCGGUCGUCCGCCUGACUGGUUCUCUCAGAAGCACUGUGCCUCACAAUACUCCGAGCUGCUGGAAGCCACAGAAGCACCAAAGCGUAAGCGCGGUGAGAAGGGCGAGGUGGUUGAGACCAUUGAAGAUGUCAUCGUCCGCAGGCUGACGACUGAGAGGAUAGAGGAGCUGAAAAAACUACUACGAGACACACAAGAGCAGUACAGGAAGUUGAAGAAGGAGGUGGAUAUGAUACAGACGGGUCACAUGGACUCUCAGCUGAAGGAGCUGUGGGCAGACAUCACACUAAAGAAGAAGCAGGAUGAGGAGGAAGCAGAGCAGAAGAGGAAAGCAACAGAAACAGCAUACCAAGCUCGACAGGCAGUGAAAAACACACCCAAGCGUUUGCCCAGUGUGACUGUUCGUUCUCCCCUGGGUGCCAGUCCUCCAGCGCUGGAUUCUCAGGCUGACUCCUCAGCCCCCACGCCGCCCAUGGACACGGGAGGCGUUGCCUCCGACGACACCACCACCACCACCCACUCCGUUGUUCAGGGGGUCGGCGUGUUUCUACCCGUGGCGGACGCUCCUGGCCCCGGGCCCAAAGAUGCGGGCCUGGCUGCUCUAGCAGAUGACUCACCGCAGAAGAGACUCCUGACCCAGAAGGCCACACCGCCGCCCUCGCCGCUUCUGUCAGAACUGCUGAAAAAAGGGAACCUCAUCUCGGCGAGCCCCCGUCUGGUUGCAGAGGGAGACUCUGCUGGAAGCUUCACCAACGGACUACAGACAGCCACUGCAGCCACUGCCUUACCCGCUGGUCACGAGGUCAUCACAGAAGGCGAAGCAGAAGCCGCAGUGAAGGCAGAGCUGGGUGAGGAGUCGGUAUUAGUAGAAGAGGACCUUGUAGCUGUCUCUUAUAUGGGUGACGAACUGGAUCUGGAGACAGUAGGAGGCAUCAUUGCCAUCAUAGAGGAGAAGGUCGAUGACUCUGUUGAGGCUUUAGAUGCAGCAGCAGUGGAAGCAGCGCUCUCUCUUUGUGAAGAGGCCGUUUCAGAGGGACACACCCUCCCCGGCCCCUGGGAGACCCAGGAGCUGAAAGCCUCCGAUCCCACGCCCACAGUCCAAGACUCUGGCCCCACACAGGAGCCUCAGGUCAUGGCCACGGUGUCGGCCCCGGCUCCUGCAAGCGCAGAGGCCCAGGACCAAUCAGAAAGCAAAAGGGAAGAGCAGCUUAAGGGAAACUGUGAGGGACCAGAGGUGACGGGAAGUGACGUCACGUCUUCCGUCGCCUCUGAUGACGGUGCCGCAGGAAUCGAGGUCGCGGAGGAGGCGGUGACGGGGAAGGAGGCAACUGAGGCAACAGUGAAGAGUGAAGGAGAGGAGUGGAGUCAGCCUGAGCCCAACCCGCCCUGCCUUGACUCUGAGGACAGCUCUGUGUCUGGCAAAGAGUCCAAGUGUUUUCAGGAGGUGAAGGAGGAGGAGGCGGGCAGUGAGGGUGACCCUGAAGAAGGGAUGGAGCUGAAGGAGGAGUGUGGGGAGGGGCCUUAUCUGUCAGAGGUGGAGCGGGCAGCCAGCGAGAGCGAAGACGGCUACGGCCCGCCCUCCCAACGCUACACGGCAGAUUCACUGGCCAGCAGCCCGGCCUCGUCAUCCCAACUAUCUACAUGUGGUGAGGACCAGGAGGCGGUUCAGGCACAAAAGAUCUGGAAGAAGGCCAUAAUGCUGGUGUGGAGAGCUGCAGCCAACCACAGGUACGCCAGUGUCUUCCUGCAGCCUGUGUCAGAUGACAUCGCCCCUGGUUACCACAGCAUCGUACACAGGCCCAUGGACCUGUCGGCCAUUAAGAAGAACAUCGAGUCGGGCGUGAUCCGCACGACGGCCGAGUUCCAGCGAGACAUCAUGCUCAUGUUUCAGAACGCCGUCAUGUACAACUCGUCAGACCACGACGUGUACCACAUGGCGCUGGAGAUGCAGCGCGAUGUCCUGGAGCACGUGCAGCAGUUCCUGGCCACCCAGCUCAUCAUGCAGACGUCGGAGAGCGCCAUCUCCGCCAAGAGCCUCCGCGGCAGAGAGGGAAACCGUAAGCCCGGAGAACCUGCUGAGAAGGACGGAGGCACCAGGGGUCGCCGCAGUGCCAUGGAGGCGGACCUCAAAAUGAAAAAAUAAAGAGUGAGAUUCCGGAGAACAACUCACUCAGAGAAACAAAGAGCCACUGUUUUGGAAUCGGAGAAGCUGGAGCUGAAUACUCAGACUCUGUGUGCCUAGUCUCUGUGUGUGUGUGUGUAUGCGCACACACACUUAGUCGUCUUUGCUUUGGUAUAGAUGAGGGUGUGUGUGUGUGGACCUGAGAGAGCUGCACAGAGCCGCCUCUUCUCCAGUUCAUGUGCAGCACUAUUGGAUUUCACUACAGGAAACAAGCCAGCGCACCACUUUCCCCUCGUAUCAUUUCAACAGCGAAGACGGUGGCUCGUCUUUUCCUCCAGCCGAGAUGGAACAGCAGAGGACUUUGUUAAAAGAGAUAAAGAAAAAAGAGACAAUUUUCACCAGCAAAAGUUUGUUUAUGAUCAAAAUGAUAAAGGACGAGUGAGUUCUACUCACCAGGUUGUUGUCACAAUGAAUCGUGGAUGCAUCAAUACUAGAUGGUAGAUUGAUUGGUUUCUUUUUUUGUGUUUUACCCACAUGGGCUGAAAAUAAAUUAAUGAGAAAAGCAACAACAACCAGGAUGGUCACACGACAAAUAAUUCGGAAAUGAUGUUACUGGCACCAGAUGGAACCAAGAUCAGUCUGAUCACUCUAAAAUGUUAGUGAGACCCACAAAUCACAUCUUUGCUAACUACAUUCUGGUGUUUGUUCAUUAAUGGGAUGAUGUCACUUUACUUGUUAGUCUUGUGCAGUCUGUUUGACUUACCCCAAGCAUCCAUAGAAUCCAACUAACUUCAUAAGGUGAUGAAGGAAAUGGAACAUGCUCAAGCUGUGUAAUCGGUCACGGUUGUUGUCUGUUUAUCACGUGUCAUUUCUAUCUCUUUGGUUGUGCGUCCAGGUUCACUCUGAAAAGUGAAAUAUUACACAAGUAGUGGGUCUUUCUUUUUUGAAUUUAUAAGUUUUGCUGUUUGCCACCAGACGUUCACAUGUCCGAUGAGUGUCACUGAAAUGCCCCGACCCGGAGCCGCCCGUGUAGGUAGGAAGUCGAUUCUAAAGAUUACACGUACCUUGUGAAAUAGUUGGUAGUGAUGUAAAACCUGGAUUGUGUGGAGUUAAUUUAAGGGCUACAACACAGAAUGAAGCUCGUUGCUGUGAUAGUAUUGAUGCAUCUGUACUUGUCACGUAGGAUGUCGCCGGUGAUAUUUGUGUAUCGUGUGUUAGAUGGGAGUACAAUAUACGUUUGUACCAGUGUGAUGGAUCAAGUAGUUUUGUGUUUAGGUAGCCGAUACAUGUAUCGUGUUCUGUUGUACAUAUGUUAAAUAAAAAAGAUUUGAUUUAAACCUAAA